CCAAUAAUCCAUCAAUAUUCCCUUCUGAAUAUGGAUCCUUGUGAUUGCUGGUGGGUUGUUAUCAUUGAUGCUGAUGAAAUUUGGUAUAAGUCUUGAUCAUUGGAAGGGAAUGCUCAAAUGGAAGUUGGAAAUUUCUUUGGUUGAGUGGUUAAGUUUGAAGGUAUUAAAGCUAUAGGGGGCAAAGUUCUUUGUCGUGGGUCCCUAGCAUAUUUGGAUAUGAUCCUUGUGGUGUGAAGUAUUUGAAUGAUUACUUUCCAAUAUUGUUGUCACUGAAAAUGUAUUGGUUCGUACUUAAAUAAUGUAGCAGAAACGUAAUUGGAGUUAAUCACAAAGACCAUGAAUCCGUGAUGAACUCAUUUUAACUUCAGAGACUUUCUGAAGAAUCUGAAUCUAUCAUGAGAGAAACAGUGGCUUGGAGGUACUUUAGCCAAGAUGUUGUACCGUUUUCUGCAAUGAUUGCAGUAGAGUGUACCACGGUUGGAUCAUCUACACUGUUCAAAGCUGCUACCUUGAGAGGAUUAAGUUUUUAUGUCUUUGUCUUUUACUCUUAUGCUGUUGCUACACUUGUCCUAUUUACACUUUCCCUCAUCUCUGGAAGGUCAAGAAGUUUACCUUCAGCCAAGUCUCCUCUCUUCUUCAAGAUUUUCUUGCUUACGCUUCUCGGGCUCACGUCGAAGAUAGCUGGUUGUAAAGGUAUAGAAUAUAGUUCACCAACACUGUCUUCAGCUAUCAGCAACCUCACACCAGCUUUCACCUUCGUUCUUGCCGUCUUCUUCAGGAUGGAACAAGUAAUGUUAAGAAGCUCUGCAACUCAGGCUAAAAUCAUUGGCACCAUAGUAUCCAUAUCCGGUGCUCUGGUUGUUGUUCUUUAUAAAGGCCCAAAACUUCUUGUUUCUGCUGCAUCUUUUACUUCAUUUGAGUCAAGUUGGAUCAUUGGAGGCCUUUUUCUCGCUUCACAAUAUUUGCUUCUUUCAGUCUGGUAUAUUCUUCAGACUCAGAUCAUGGAGAUUCACCCUGAAGAAAUAAGCGUAGUCCUCUUCUACAACUUCUGUGCAACGCUAAUCUCAGCGUUAGUAUGUCUAUUUGCAGAAAAGGACUUGAAUUCAUGGAAGCUUAAACCAGGAGUUUCCCUUGCUGCAGUCAUAUACUCGGGAUUUUUUGAUACAUCAUUAGGAUCAGUUAUCCACACAUGGGGUCUGCAUUUGAAGGGUCCGGUCUACGUAUCCUUGUUCAAGCCGUUGUCUAUUGCAAUUGCAGUCGCCAUGGCUGCUAUAUUCCUCGGCGAUGAACUUCACCUUGGGAGUGUGAUUGGAUCAGUUAUAUUGAGCUUUGGCUUUUAUACUGUGAUUUGGGGCAAAGCAAGAGAAGAUGCAACUAAAAUAGUAAGUGAUUCUGAGCAGUCACUUUUGUUGCCUUCACAGAACAGAGAAGAUGAAACCUUACCAUGAAAAAGUGUUGGAUACAAGUGAAAUCAUUAUUUUGUAUAUAUAGUCUUCAUAUUAGUCAACAUCCUGUAAAUAUAUAUAUCUACAAUACAAGAUUUUCUGUUUCUUCUUGUAUUAUUUAGAAGGUAAACCAGAAUUUGGUUCUAUCUCAGUUUGUUGGAUUCAUUCAUUGAUUGUGUACCCAUCAGUGGUCCCAUUGAUUGUGUACCCAUUUAACAAUGGUCCAUAUUUAUCUUGUGAUAUGUAUGUCUAUUUACGUCA